CAACAAUACUCCCAGCUCCUCCCGCGCCGGUAUUCCUCAUCCUACGCCGCCCACGCUGUGUCGUACACGGGACCCUCGCUUCAUACGCCAUCUCGGCCCAGCAUCGUCAGCUUCCAAGCAUCUGACGGACCCACGGAAUACCCGGUGACAAGGCUUUCUCCGUUCAACCAACCGCCGCUACAUAUUGAAAAAGAGACCACGCCCCUCCACCCAGUCCGGCGAGCAAACCAGCACGACUGUCUUUGAUUCUUUUUGCCAGCAUCUGUACCGCCUGGCCGUUUGCUUCGCCAAGCAGCAUCGGGACAAUACAAAGACGAACGAUAGAAUGAAGGACCCCUUCUUCAUCGAGCCACUACCAUGGCUUGUCAAGGCGACACAGCCUUUGGCUGACUACUUCUCGCUCCCGACUCUGCCAAUACACGUCCACGAGGUCUUCGCCUCCGCCUUGCUGUACUCAGUCAUAUACUAUCCGGUUUCGCCACUACUGUCACGUUUGAUCGUUGGCCGCAAAUACCUCGAUCUUCCCCGAAAGAGAAGGAUCAAUUGGGACGCCCACGUUGUCUCUCUCGUCCAGAGCACUCUGAUAAACGCCCUGGCCCUUUGGGUCAUGUUUGUGGAUGAGGAGCGCAGCCAGAUGGACUGGCAAGCGCGUAUGUGGGGAUACACUGGUGCCGCUGGUAUGAUCCAGGGCCUCGCUGCUGGCUACUUUCUUUGGGACCUUGUGGUAACGAGCUGCAACAUGGACGUCUUUGGCUUUGGCACAUUGGCUCAUGCCAUCAGCGCCCUAUUUGUCUACUCACUUGGAUUCCGACCCUUUCUCAACUACUACGGCUGUGUUUUCAUUCUUUGGGAACUGUCAACGCCCUUCCUCAACAUCCAUUGGUUUUUCGACAAGCUAGGAAUGACUGGGUCCCGCGCGCAAUUGUACAACGGCUUGAUGCUUCUUUUCACUUUUUUUUCCUGCCGCCUUGUCUACGGAACAUACCAAUCGGUUAAAGUGUUUUCGGAUAUUUACGCUGCCAUCAACGCUCACCCUGUACUGCCCAAGGAGAUAUCCCCAGAAACGGGCGCCAUUCUUGCUCCGACAGGCGUGAUGAGAUUUGCGACAGAUGCAUCGACUGUUCCGACAUGGCUGGCAGUGACGUACCUGAUCAGCAACCUGACACUAAACAGCCUUAACUUCUACUGGUUCGUCAUGAUGAUUCACGCGGUUCGCAAGAGGUUCCAGCCGGCCAAGUCGACAGACAAGGCAGCUCAAAUCGAGCCCUCGUCUACAAAGGCUACCGCGCGAUCUGGGCAACCCUCCGUUCGUCGGCGCAAAGCAUAAUAUGGUCCAGGGGCUUGACGUCUCUAUGUUUGAGCAGCUCAAGCAAGAGGCGUGCAGAGGGCAAACUGUGGACGAUGCAGUCGCUUGGAGGAUGCGACCAAUGGUAAUGACGUACGGAUAGGCGAGGGAGAUCUGUAUUAACACAUAUCGCCUUGGUCAUGAUUUAGUUUUGAUGCUGGCCGCAGUGUCUGGUUGGGCUACGCCUCGACUUGUUUCUUUCUCUAAACGGCUAUGCUGUUCCGUUGCUCUGCACGUCAUCGCCUAGUAGUCUCGAUGGAACGCACAUCUUAAAGACGCAUACUCCUUUAAAGGAGCGACAUGCUCUAAUCGAACUGUUACAGCCCUGGGGCAGAAUGGCAACGACACUGUUGUUCAUAGUGCUUUUACACACCAUGGCGCAAACGUGUCUAUCAUAUGUCGGCGCUGUUUCGGAAGGAAGAAAAGGGGCACACGAUAGACUGGUAUAUACUGCAUCAGGUCGUGGGUUAAGU